UAGUAAAUGGGAGGGGCCUCCAUCAUGCAAAUGAGCUUCAUCCUGAUUGGCUCUCCGCCCGGCCUUGUCCAUCCGUGUUGUAAGCACUCCGGCAGAGGGGUGACACACAGUACGUGACCAUGUGCAGCCGAGCGAGGCACCAUGUAUUACAUGCAGAGUGCAUGAGGGGGAGACAAAAACAAGCCACCACAGCUUCCCUGCUUCAGAAUGGAUCAGUCUGUUUACCUAGGCAGUGCCCUUGAUGACUGUGUUGUGACUGCACACACCAUUGUAGUAAUCAGGAAGAUAGAAUAGAUAGGGAAAAAACUGCUUGAGUGAAUCAUAGUAGUAUAGUAGUAACCUGUCAUUAUCAGCUCAGCGGCAUUUAGCAAGCUGCCUCCAUACAGUCUGUGGAUAUAUCUAUUGACCUGUACCCAGCUGAUCUGUGGUCUGUUUUUCAUUCAUUCAUUCAUUGUGCCGGGAUUUAAAAAACUUAAAGGCUUCAAACUGCAUGUACCAAGCAUCUUUACCUCAUGAACAGAAACUCUGCAUAUGCUGCUGCAUUGGUACAUUCGAGCUGGAGAUUUAAAACUUGUACCGUCAACCCAUUUAUGUCUUGUGCCGGUAUCUGUUUGACUUGGAUGCCGCUUCGUGAGAGAUUCUGUUGGAAUGUUCUGGGAGAUAAAUAUUCUGCUGUCGACUAUCAAAGAGCUGCAGAGUUUUCGUAGAAAUAAGGACCGAGACAAGAAUUGCAUCCUGUGCAAGGAACUAAAGUAUUCACUCGAGAUCUGUUGCUGUAUUAUGAGUGAACUUGAAAUACAUGUAAGCACCCCACUGCGUGGAAUCAACAGCGUGGAGGUGUCGGUGUGUAGUAUUGGAAGCAGUGGCGAUCAGUCGUGCAGGAAGCUGAUCGUUGAUGUGUGCAACGGCCCUGGGGCGCCCUCUGCCCGCGUUGUUCAACCGGGUAACAUGCAGAUGGACCAAACGAACAUGAAAAUGAAACUUUCAUCAAAAGAUGAGAGUGGUGUUGAUGAGAUACUCGAGGAGGAGCUGGAUGCCUUCACUGACAACAUGCCAUCGGACAUUUCGAGCUCGCGACCAGAGACACCAAUCAUGACGGGAACCUCCCCGCCAAUCCCUAUCCCACGCCUCAGUCCGAUAGGUAACUCAGGAAGCUUCAUAGGGACCCCAACCCGUAGCAGCUCCUUCAGCUACAUGUACCGCUUUUCCUCGCCGGAAGAAACCUCCCCGCUCUCGUCGGGGUACGGGUCGGCACCGCGGUUCUUCCAGAGUACCUCAACCCAGACUCCGCCCCUUUCGCCAGUCCUGCUGGAGACGUCGAUCAGUUUACGACUGUUUGACUCGCCCAGUGAGCAGGACCAGUCGCUCUCCCCUCAGGAACAAUUGAGGCUCAGAAGACAACGGUAUUGUGAAGAAUCCAGAAGAACCCGCUUCUUCUCCGAGGGUAGCGCUGUACCCGAAACGGUCCCUCCAAAUGAACCAGCAGGGGACAAUGCUGCAGAGCCCCUCCCAGAUGUUGUAGCGAUCCGUCGUAGUAGAGCCAACUCGGCCCCAGCGAGACCCGUCGCCCCAGAGAUUGCUACCGGCCGAGAAUUAAGACGGAUCGGAGAUGAGUUUGUGGCAUUGUUCGAAGGCCAAAGGAGCCUCCGAAGGAAUGACCCACAUCGGAGAUCGUUCAUCCGACGACUUUUUGAAAGCUGGAAAUCCUCGCCCAUCUCAGAGUCAGCUCCUGCCCGUACCUCAGUCAUCAGGGAUGGAAGUUCGGUUUAAACCAAAGUGCCAGACAUUUUUCAUUUAUUGAAGAGACAGAUAAUGGACAGAAAGGGAGACAAUCAAUGAGGGGAGAUGGAACGCGCUUAGCAUUUGUGCCAUUUUGAUAUCGACAAAGAAGCCCCGUUUUGCCCCUUCUCCUUUUUCGCUCAUCGACACAAAAACCGUCAUUCCUGUGGGUCCGUGUGUGCAAGGCAAUGCCGUCUUGAAGUGUGAUCGUGAACUCGUUUAAUUGCUUUCGUCAACCUUUUUUUUUAAUCGCGAAAACAACUGCCGAGUCACGCUGUGAAAUUUUUGCAAUCGAUGUAUCAGGACUUUUGACAAAGAACAGAGUUUGGAGGUUCCUCUUUUUUUUCUUCUCUCCAUCUCUCACAUUUGUCUGAAAUACCCUAAGAGGAUGAAGUUGUGGAGGUGAAUGGUAUCGGACAUGUGAUGGAUAAUACAAAGCUGUAACUGUCAUAUGGAUAGAGAUUCAUCUCGCUGCUAGGAAAAGACUUUUCUCUGGUCUGUAUGUUUGUCAUUGGAUGGAGCCAUUUUGCUUGAAACCACAAAGGAAUGAAAGGAAACAGUUCGAAUGAAACAAUCGCUACUAGCUUUGUACAUUUACCCAACCUUUUUCAUCAAAACUUUGCACCUAGCAUCAAACUUCACUUUUUAAGUGGGAAGCGUACAUUUAUGUACUGAAGUAAAACAAUGGAUCUGUUUAUUUGAGGAAAGAAAGGAAGAAGUGGACUGACAUAUCACAAAGAGAAGAGAAGAUGAACCAAUGAAGUUUUAAGUCUUCCAUUGUUUAUUGUUACUGAUGUACAGACAUCAGAUGAGUGUUUAAGUGAAAGGAAUUUUUUUAUAAUUAUUGCCAAGUGUUAAGGAGCUCAGGUUGGGAAAAGAUCCCAAGAAAUGGAAAACAGAUACUUCUUAACUUAUCAAAAGUAAAACAAGUUGAAAGCCACCAAACAUUAGAUUUCUCAGAAAUGUGUUCUUUGAAGUCUUGAUGUCUAAACGUUGCUUUUUACCAUUGUUUAUUCAUAUUUGUUUUAAUUACACAACUCUAAACAAGCUAUCUUGCAAUUCCUGUGCAAAACAAGUAAGACAAAUACACUUGUGUACAAUUUUGAGGUGGGAUAAUAAACAUCCCUGUAACAUUCACUGUCAGUUUUUAUUAAAAACAAUGAAGAUAUUAGGGAAAUUUUGCUUAUCUGUGGCUGAAUUAGUCGACAAGCAAUCUUCAUGCUUACAUUUUUUGGAACGAAUUGAUGGUUUUAUGUAUUCUACUUCACAAUGAAAUCCCUCCAUUUUGAUAGAUUACAUUAUUCUGAAAUGAGUUAGAAUUAGACCGAGUAAAAUCAUUAAAAACGUACAUCCAUUUUUUUUGCCAAAUUGUUUUAUUUUCUUUGAUGAAUAAAAGGAAAUGCUGCUCUACAUUAUGUUCGUAUGAUUUCGAGUGACUUUCCUGACAAUAAUGUAUGUCUUAAAGAAAGUUGUAUUUUUACUUUCAUUUUUUAUUUUUUACAGAUACUUGCCAUAAAGGAUACUUAAUUCCACUUUUGCAAUAAGCUUCAAUGUGUGAAAUAAUAGUUAGAUACUGCACAGUUACAUUUUUCUUUCCAGUCGUAUCUGAAUGACCAUAGGGAGUUCCAAUAGUCCUCUCUUUUAUUAAUACUCAAUAAUUUUGAAAUCUUGAGAGAGAUAGUUUCUGUACGUUGUGCAAAAAUGCCAUGAUGUCUUGCAAUUUUGAUUGAGGAGAAGGAAGAUGGUGCUACAAGUGUGUGUUUUCAUGUUUUCAAGGAGAUGAUGUGUGUAUUGUUGGGUUACCAUAAUGGUUGUAUAUGAAAAGGAUAGUUUCCCGUAUACCAGCAUAACAUUAAGAUUCCUAUAAUCUCUUUUUCUGCAGUCAAAUUAAAUUACAUUCCAUUAAUAAUCAGUUCAACUGAUGGUGCUGCUUAAUUACACAUACUUAAACACAUAGACUUUACUAUUAUCCUUUACAAAGGGGUAUUUAGGGUUAGGAAUUGUCAAAAAUAGUUUUCUUUAAUAGUCUAGUCUCCACCAAUCUUUGUUUGGUCAGUGUUCUUUUUUUUAAUCUGACAUGCAAUUACUGCAAUAUAUACUAUCAAAGGAUACUGCACAAGGUAACAAGAUGGGUAAUAUAAAUUAUCAUGAGUAGAAUAUCCAUAGCACUAGUUCUAUUUACUUGAUGGAACACUAAUUCCAAUUGUAUUGAAGCCUCCCAAUAAGCUCAAGAUUUAUGUUUCUGUCUUAAAAUGAUACUUUAUCCACGAGACCAGUCACUCUACCUGUAUGUUUUGUGCCUCUCAGAUAGCUUUUUGAGCAACCAAAAAUAAAUGUCCGGUGCAAGAAGUAACGUGAAACUUUAUGUUUAGGAGUGUAGCAUCUCUGCACAAUCAUGUUGAACAGUGAGAACCAAAGUUUUUUUUUUGAACAGCCAAAGCAAAGCAGUUGAAGUCAAACGAAUUAUUUGUUGCUGGUAGCAAGCUUUCUUCCUUGUUUUUGUUUUUCUACAAAGAUUGACAAAUAUUUUGGGUUUUCUUUUUUUCUUCAAGUGUCCUUUUGGAAUCCUUUAAUGUUCCUGAGAAUGCUGCCUUGUUUUUUGAAGAAAAGAUGAAGAUGGUGAAUAAUCUGCAAAAAGCUGGGUUUAUGAAUUGUAACAAGAUUUUCUGUUCAUCUGUAGAUACAUGUAUCUUUGAUAAUAUGAUGGUUAUUUUAUGUUUUCUUUCAAGUUGAUGCUUCUCUUACUAUUUAGUUUAAGUGUACAGAAAAUAUUCUUUGGGUAUUCCUGUAUGAGAGUACUCCAGAUUUAUGAAAAGGAAAAUCUUAAUGCUUAAAGAAUCAUAAUUGCAUUAGUUGUUCAAUAUAUUUACAAAGCAGAAACUAUUUAAGAAAAAACUAUUGAAAUGAA